CAUUUCAGAACUCCCCCUCUCCCCUCCCACUCAGGGCCCCGUGCGUAGGAGGCCACCCAGGAAUCCAAAAGAAAGAAGAACCCUGCCAAUUAGCUGCAAAUCUGAGUUCCCUAGCAAAAGACCAGGUCUGGGGGAAAAGCAACUAGGAGACAAGUUUUCCGUAACUCACCUUUAUCCCAAGAGCACAACCAGCCUGGGAAAUCUACAGAUUUCUCUUUAUACUGAAAGUCUAGCAAGAAGGGUUGGGAAUUAGGGUGGGAGAGUGAGGUGGAGCCAGGCCCCAAAGCCCGCCCCAGGGCUAACAGAGUCCUGCCAAGUUCUUGUGCAAGGAGAUAACUGUUUUUGAUGGGCUGAACGUGGCCAGAAAGCCUUGGGAGGUUUCCAGGACUGGCUUGAGGCAUUUUCCACCAGCCUAGGGGAUAGUAGUCGGGGACAGAGGACAUAAAGGCCAAGUGGGAGCAGAACUGGGAGGUGAGCACAAGGAGCCCCACUCUCGGCUCUUUGGUAGGCUCAGGCCUCCCUUUAUUCUGUGACUCUAGGACGGGAGGGGCAAGUGGCCUGAGGGCUUCAGAGAACUGGUCACGGCACUGUCUCUUAAGACUGCUGGAGUCCCUAGCACGUGCUCAAGGCUCCGGUAGAGGUUGGAGUCAUGGCAGAUGAAGAUCCCAACCAACAGGAGCAUGAUGGCACCCCUUCUCAGAUGCCCCCACUCGAGGCAGAAGCCCGUGGCUACACCCUAUUCAGAGUUUUGGACAGAGAGUUCAUGAUCAAGGUGAGCAAGCGCCGGUGGGCGGUGGUCCUGGUGUUCAGCUGCUACUCCAUGUGCAACGCCUUCCAGUGGAUCCACUACGCCGCCAUCAAUAACAUCUUCAUGUACUUCUAUGGGGUCAGUGCCUUUGCCAUCGACUGGCUGUCCAUGUGCUACAUGCUGACCUACAUCCCUCUGCUCCUGCCCAUGGCCUGGCUCUUGGAGAAGUUUGGCCUGCGGACCAUCGCUCUCGCUGGCUCCGCUCUCAACUGCCUGGGGGCCUGGGUGAAGGUGGGCAGCCUGCAGCCACAUCUCUUCCCAGUCACCGUGCUGGGUCAGGUCAUCUGCUCCAUGGCCCAGGUCUUCAUCCUGGGUAUGCCCUACCGCAUUGCUUCCGUCUGGUUCGGAGAUGAUGAGGUGUCAACUGCCUGCUCCACAGCUGUCCUUGGCAAUCAGCUUGGAAUUGCCAUUGGGUUCUUGGUCCCUCCUGUCUUGGUACCCAACAUCAAAGACCAGGACAAGCUUGCCUACCACAUCAGCAUCAUGUUCUACAUAAUAGCAGGUGUGGCCACUCUGCUUUUCAUCCUUGUCAUCAUCGUAUUCAAAGAGAAGCCUAAACAUCCCCCCAGCAGGGCCCAGUCCCUGAGCUAUGCCUUGGCGUCCACUGAUGCUUCUUACUUAAGUUCCAUCAUCCGACUCUUCAAAAACCUCAACUUUGUGCUGCUAGUCAUCACCUAUGGUCUGAAUGCUGGUGCUUUUUAUGCCUUGUCCACUCUGCUGACUCGCAUGGUGAUCUUCCACUAUCCGGGGGAAGAAGUGAAUGCUGGAAGAAUCGGCCUGACCAUCGUCCUUGCAGGAAUGCUUGGGGCUGUGAUCUCAGGCAUCUGGCUGGAUAGGACCAAAACCUACAAGCAGACAACUUUGGUGGUCUAUGUCAUGACUCUGGUAGGCAUGGUGGUCUACACAUAUACCUUGAACCUGGGACACCUGUGGGUAGUGUUCAUCACGGCUGGCGCAAUGGGCUUCUUUAUGACUGGCUACCUUCCACUGGGAUUUGAAUUUGCCGUGGAGCUGACAUACCCAGAAUCAGAAGGCAUGUCAUCUGGCCUCCUCAACGUGUCUGCCCAGGUAUUCGGGAUCAUCUUCACCAUCUCCCAGGGCCAGAUUAUUGACAACUAUGGAACCAUGCCUGGGAACAUCUUCCUGUGUGUCUUUCUGACCCUUGGAGCAGUGCUCACUGCAUUCAUCAAGGCAGAUCUCCGGAGGCAGGAUGCAAACAAAGAAAUUCCUGAAAAUCUUGGAAUUGCCCUUGGGUUCUUCAUCCCUCCUGUCUUGGUACCCCACAUUGACAACCCUGAUGAGCUUGUCUACCACAUGAGCAUCUUGUUCUACAUGACAGCAGGCGUGGCCACUCUGCUCUUCAUCCUUGUCAUCAUUGGUAAGGGCAUUGAUUGA